AGGAGAGGAGAGGGUGACUGGAUGGGCCCGGCUACAUGGUGGCUGUAUGGAGCAUGGGGCAGGUUCUAGGAUUCUCCCACUGCAAGGAGUUUGGCUCUGUUUCUUCCACCCCUGACUCCACACCUCCCUGCACAGAUGGUGGAAACGAGGAGUCAGACUUCCCCGAGCUGCAGACGGCCCGCGACUGGUCCGACGACGAGGACGGGCGGGGGGGCCCGGACGACGAGGACGACGGCGGCGCCAGCAGCCCCUCGGUGUGGGGCACCCCCCGCCAGAGCGCCCAGGAGCUCACCUUCUCCUACUUCGCCCUGUCGGAGGCCGAGGCCUCCGUGAGACGGGAGGGGGGGCGGAGGAGGAGCAGGGGGGGGCGCGGCACCUCCCUGACCCGCACGGACACGGCCGAGACGCUCCUCCCCCCUUUAGACUCGCCCGCUGAGCAGUGGGACCCCCACUUCUCAUCGGGGGACGGGGAGGAGGAACAGGACGAAGAGGAGGAGAGGACCAGGAGAGCGGAGAGAGAAGGAGGAGAGGAGGAGAGGACCAGGAGAGAGGAGAGAGACGUUUGUAGAGAGCAACUGUGUCUUGAACAGCUGGAGAGCCACUCGCGGACAAUACAACCUCUAGGCCACGACAAUACACAGGAAACCCAGGAUGUAAAUACAGGAAGUGACAUCACAGAGGAGGGGGAAAUCUCAGGCACACAGCAUGGUCCCAUAGACAGUAAAUCAGCGAUGCGACACCAUGAGCCUGCCCGACACGUUGCCAUAGAAACCUCACCUUUACUGCAUGCUGAGCAUGCUGACGAGGCGCCGUGCACGCCACCACCACCUCCCAUUGGUCGAUCCACUCAGGAAGAGCCGGCCAGCGAUGGCCAAUCGGACGUAGCAUGGGUGUGGGCACACAGAGCAGUGAUGGACCUGAUCUACUGGAAGGACACUGAGCGGACGGGGAUGGUGCUGACGGGGAUUGUGGUGGCGCUGCUCUCCCUGUUCCAGCUGAGCAUCAUCACCGUGUUCUCCACGCUGUCCCUCGCCAUCAUGUGCUUCACCCUCUCCGUGCGCCUCUACUACAGGGUGCUGGCCGCCAUCCAGUGGGCAGACGGCAAACACCCCUUCCAAACCUAUCUGGACCUGGACAUCACCCUGCACGGCGAGGAGGCUGACCACUUCAUGCAGAGGGCCAUCGUCUUCGCCUGCUCCGCUCUCGACUCCAUCAAGAAACUGGUGUUCGUGGGCAGCCUCUUUGACUCCCUAAAGUUCCUCUUGCUGAUGUACCUGGUGACGUUCCUUGGGAACCUGUGCAAUGGCCUCACCCUGCUCAUCGUCGGUGUGAUUGCGGUGUUCUCUGUCCCCCUCUUCUACAGGCAGCACCAGGAUAAGGUGGACGGCACCAUUGCUGGACUGCAGUCCCGUGUCGAUAAUGUCAAAGACAUCUUCGUGCGGUUGGCCCAUGGGGGCGGACCCCCUGCGGACCCCACCCCCGGCGGUGCCAAGCCUAAAACCAAGUGAGAGAUGACCCAGGAAGAGGAGGAGCCAGGGAGGAGAGGGGAGGAGCUACAGGCUGUCACUCAGAUGUCUUAAUCAGCAGUCUGUGCUCGACGUGCCGGCGUCACAGAGGAAGGAGGCGGGACUUGUGAUGCUGGGGCGGGGGGUAACGUUUGGGGAGGGAGGGACGGAAGGUUCUGAGAACGGGUUCCGUUUGGUUCCGUUUUCGGAUAGUAGAACCUGGAGGGACGAUCAGUGUUGGGUGGGGUUGUGAAGCAGAUGUAGCAGGUGAAUUACGGUGUUCACCGUCAGAAGAUCCGGUGGGUGUCUGUGGCCUGUCCAAAGUUUCCAUUUACAGUAUGUUUAAGACAAAGGACUUACAGUGGUUAGGUGCUGCUGUCAACACAAGUAAUA